AUGUUCAAUUUGUUAAUAAAAUAUCUAUCUUUGCUAUUAAAGUUAACAGUAAUUCUAACUAUUUUCAUCCAAUGUCAAUCAAAAAAGAAAAAAAGCGGAAGCACAACAAAAAGUAGUGAGUUUCAAAAACAUUUGAAUUCAAUUUAAAAAUCAAAAACAACAUGAUUUUUUAAAGAUGAAUCGGUAACGAAUCCAAUAUGUUAUGACAAUCGAGAAACAGCUUCGACACCAGUUUUACUCAGAAAAAGUAGAUCGCGGAAGAAGAGAAUUGUAAGAUUUCAGUAAAAUUGAUUUUUAAAAAAAUGGGAAUGGUUUUUUUCAGACUCGAGAAGAACACUUGAAACAACUUGCUGAAAUAUCCAAAAUGAUUAGUAAACGAGAUAUGGAAAAGAAAAAACUUCCAGAACUUGAGGUAAUUUUUCAUUCAAAUUUUGAAAAAAUCAAUGAUAAAUUGUAGCUUCAAGAAACCCAACAAGAGACUGAAAAAGAAGAAGUUGAAAGUUCGGAAAUUGCAAAAAGUGAGAAAAAGGAAAAGGAAAAAAUAACAUCAGAAGGAAAUGGAUCAAUAGUUGAAGAUGUUGGAGAAGUUGAAUUAAUUGCGCGGAGAAGAAUGAGCAGUAAGAAAUAAUUAUUUUAGAAAUUUGAUGAAUUAAUUAGAAUAUAAUGCAUGUUUUCUAGGUCAAACUAGAAAAGAAAUUCGAAAAAAAGCUGAAGAAAUGGCAAGAAGAAGACAACAGAAUGAUAGAAAAAGACUUCAGAUUGUAAGAAAUUUUAAAAAAUUAUUUUAAUGAGAUAAUAUUUUCAGAGUGAUUUGCAAAGUCCGGAUGACACAAUGAAAGAUGUUUCGUCAAUAAAAGAAGAGGAUCGAGCGGGGUCUGGUGAAAAAGCAACUAAUUAA